AUGACGCUCAGACGCUCAGCUCGCCUGGGUUCUCUGCCAACAAUCAAGCCACCAUUACUGCAUAGCCCAGCGCCGAGCAAAGCAACGAGAGUACAACACAGUGCAGUGACAAAACCCCGCAAAGCGCCGGCCAAGUCCAAGAAGGCAACACCCAAAACUACAAAGACACAGCCAAACUCAGGAACCUCCUAUUGGUCCCCGGAGCCAGCAGUCACAGAGAAACAAGAACUAGACAACCAUCCCUCACCCACUAACGCCCCAAUCCUCAGACCACAAACGCCUCCUCCCCUCGACCGCCCUGUCGACCCGCACCGAACAAACGCGACCCUCAUAACCCCGCACGGCUCAACAGUAAAUGCUUACCCAGCGCACGCGGAAGAUGCCUCGCCCUCGAAAACCGGACUCCCCCGACCAACAGCCACAACAGGUACGCUACUCGAGAAAGCCACCGCGCACCUCAUAGCCACAGAUCCACGCCUCGCACCAGUCAUUGCACAGCAUCCAUGUCCGCUCUUCUCGCCCGCCGGCCUGGCAGAGGAAAUCGACCCCUUCAACAGCUUGGUUAGCAGUAUAAUUGGUCAGCAAGUCUCCGGCGCGGCAGCAAAAUCUAUUCGGAACAAGUUCCUGACGCUGUUUGAUUUGCCGGAUACUGUUGCGCCGGAUGGGCAUCGGCAUCAGAAGUUCCCCACGCCAGAUCAGGUCGCUAAGUGUGAUAUACCGACUUUGCGCACGGCAGGGCUGUCGCAGCGCAAGGCGGAGUAUGUCUUAGGUCUUGCGGAGAAGUUUGCUAGUGGGGAGCUUGGGGCGAGGAUGCUGGCAAAGGCUACGGAUGAGGAGCUCCUUGAGAAGCUGAUUGCUGUUCGGGGGUUGGGGAAGUGGUCGGUUGAGAUGUUUGCUGUCUUUGCACUGAAGCGGAUUGAUGUGUUUUCUACGGGGGAUCUGGGUGUGCAACGAGGAUGUGCUGCUUUUAUGGGCCGCGAUGUGAGCAAGAUCAAAGGCAAAGGUGGUGGUAAGUUCAAGUAUAUGAGUGAAAAGGAUAUGUUGGAACUUAGUGCCAAGUUUGCACCAUACAGAAGUCUGUUCAUGUGGUACAUGUGGCGGAUCGAGGACGUCGAUGUGGCCGUCCUUGGCGGUUGA